AUGAAGCGCCGCGAGGUGGCGCUUUGCGCGAAGGCACCUGCUGAUGUUCGCCUCGAGAUCCGCAAGAAGUACGAGGCGCAGGCUGAUGCGAAGGAAGAGAAACAGAGAGCUGUGUUGGCUGCUUUAGCGUCGGUCAAAGCCGGUGGCAAACGGGCCCGCAUGACCGACUACCUCGAGGGCGACGCUGCUGCGGCAAAACGUGAAGCACAUGAAGGUCUUGCGCUCAUGAUUGCCGCAUGUCGCCUCCCGGAAAACCUCGUUGAACAUCCGCUCUUCGUCAACUCUAUGCACCUGGUCGCCCGCGCCGGGAAGGGCUACGUUCCGCCACGUCGCAAGUACAUCGGAGGUGCCGGACUGCUCGCUUGCCGCAAGGGUAUUGACGGAGGCUUGAUGGGGAUCAAGGCUAGCUGGAAGAAGACGGGUGUUACCAUCGCGUCCGACAUGAUGACGGACAAGUGUGGCAGGCCGCAGGCGAAUGUCCUCCUCGUCAACGACGCGGGUGCCGUCCUGAAGGAGUGUGUGGACUGCAACAUGGAGAAGAAGACAGGGGGGUACAUCGCGGGGAUUCUGAAACCCGUCGUGGAGGAAGUCGGCCCCGAGAACGUCGUCGCGUUUUGUAUGGAUGGGGGUUCCAACUACGCGUCGGCGUGCAAGAAGCUGAUUGAGAUAUGGCCCCACAUUCAACAGGUUCCAUGUGCCACCCACGUCAUGGACCUGAUGAUGGAGGACGUGGGGAAAAUGGGGUGGGCAAAAAAGGUGGUUGACCGUGGCACGGAGAUAAGCUCCUUCACCCGCAACCACCAUUGGACACGCGGUUACUUGCGGAACCGUAAGUUGGUGGAGGGGAAGGUGUUGCAGCCGUUGAAACCCGCGGGGACCCGCUUUGGGACCCAAUACAUCGCUAUCUCCCGUCUCUGUCAGCUCCGCCCCACCCUUACGCAGAUGGUCGUCAGCGACGAGUGGAAGGUGUGGGCUGCUGGAUCGCGUAAGGAGGUUGCAGACAACUUCGCCGCGCAGGUACUUGACACGGCGUGGUGGAAAACUGCCGAGUUUUUCACCAAGCUGAUGCAGCUCCCUUUCAAGGCGAUGCGCAUGACUGACGGGGAGGCAAAAGGGAUGAUGGGCAGGAUCUAUGACGUGAUGCUUCAACUCACAGAGGACGUUGAGGCUCUCGUGGACGCGGAUGAGGAGCAGUUGUGCUACAGCGAGAAGAAGAAGAUCCGCCGCAACCUCAAAGACCGGUGGGACGAGAGCCUCGCGUGCGCCAUGCACGUGGCAGGCCGCAUCCUCAACCCCGCGAACCAGCAAGAGGACAUUUUCGGCGGCGACGCUGAAUGUACGCGUGUCUUCAAAGCGUUCCUUCACCAGCAUGCGGAGUUCCUCGUCGGCCACGAUGGGAAGGGGAGGGACGCUGCAUGCGAUUACUUGGUUGAGUUGGGGGACGGGCUGAGGGAUUUCCUGGACAUGAAGGGUAGUUUCGGGAUGGCGGAGGCGGUGGCACAAAGGGAGAUGGUGAAGGCGGGAAAAUACAGCAUGGUGAAGUGGUGGCAGUGGAACGGAACAGAUGCCCCUCGCCUUGCGUCCCUCGCCAUCCGGGUUCUCUCGCAGCCCGUCUCGGCUUCACCCUGUGAGCGUGGCUGGUCAGGGUGGGAGUCCGUCCACACUUCCCGCAGGAAUCGCUUAGGAUCCGCCAAGUGUGCGGAUUUGGUGUUUGUUGCGCACAACUGGAACGUUGUGCGCAACUGGCACACGCGCAAGGAUGUGAUGCCGAAUGUUGUGUGUGGGAAUGAGCCGGAGCCCCCCAUCCCCGAAGGUUACAAUGUGCUGGAUGAGGGGGAGGAGGAGGAGGAGGAGGAGGAGGAGGAGGAUGACGACGCCAUCUUGGAGGACGAGUAUGAGUAG